ACAAAUAAGUUCUGCGCCACAAACAACAUCUGUGGAGAGAGAAAGCAACCCCUUUAAUCCUUCACAAGAAUAAGAAUCCAAUUUUGUUCAAGUCUCUGGCUGAGACUGAGGGUAAUGGCUUACAAUAAAGGCAACCAUGGCGGCGGCGGCGGCGGAGGAAAUAGGGGAAGAUCAUACGCGCUGAUGUUGCUGCUGGCAUUUGGAGCUGCGUUGCUUGGGGUAAUGGUGCUUCAUAAGUUCAGGGAAAGGCGUGUUUACACCCUUCUCCUGAAAGAAAAAGACCGUGAUCUCCUAGCCCUUCAGCUUUUCUUGCAGAAGGAAAGAGAUCACACUAAAGAGAUGAAAAGGAAGAACGAAGAAAUGAAGGCGAAGAUAUACUCCCUGAGAAGCCAAAAGAUGGAGCUUGACAGAAGAGUUCUGGAGAUGAAGUCCACGAUGGAUUCGCUGAAAGAAGAGCAGAGAGUGAUGGAAUCCGCAUUCGAAGAAAAGCAGAAUGAGAUCAAAAUGCUGAGAGAAAAAGUGAGCGAUUUGGAAAAUGAAAAUCCUGAAUUGAUAGCUUUAAAGGACAAGUUUCGGCAGAAGGAAGCAGAGAUGGAGGCCUUGAAGCACCGUUUUGAAGAGGCAUUUAAGAGCCGCGGAGUAAGCAGUAAUGAUCGGACCAUCCUUCCAGAAAGCGUGUUGGAAAAUGGAACAAUGACGGCGCAAGAGAAAACUCAGACCGAAAAUAAACAAAGGGACGAGCAAUCGCAUGAUCAAGCUGCCAACUAUGAGGAUGGUAAGAGCAUUACGAACGAAGAUGCAAGCAAAAACAAAUUGACCAAGUUUGAUGAAGAUGAACAAAAUAAGAGGAAAGAAAUUCUGCAAGCUGAUGGUGGUGCCGGUGUCACUGCAAAAGAAAUGGACGAGGAAUUCGUGGAUGGUGAAGAAAAUGUGACAAUCAGAGAAGAGCAGCGUGGAAAAUUUGAGGAUGAGACAAUUGGUGGAAGUCAGGAAUUCAGUUUGAAGCAAAUGGAAGAUAACCCCAAAAUUCCUCAUGAUGAGGAAAGGAAACUUGUCCGUCUAGGUAGAACAAAGGGGAAGAGAUGGAGAGCGAUUGUCAAGAACGGUUCACUGGGAAACAAUGGGAUUUCCAAAAGUCAUGGACCUGUGAGCAUAAGAAGCAGAAAGCUUAACAGAGACCAGCAAGAUGAUAAAAACAAUGAAAGGGGGGAAGAGGAGAUGAGUGAUGACAGUCCGAGCAACAACAAGGCAGAAGAAAAAGUGCAGAAGCAUGGAAGGCAUGACGAUAUACAGGAUGGCAAAACCAAGAUAGUAGAUGAUAUGAAUCACCAGGUGACUGACAAUGAUUUUGGCGCGCACCCAGGUAAACAGACAACAUGGGAUGAGGACGGACAGUCAGAAAAGCAAGAGGAAACUGGAGUAGAACAAAGUUGGAGUAGAAGGCAUAUCAACUUGGUGGAAAUGUAUGCCGGACAAGAAAAGACUCCCACUCUCCAUAAAGAACUCGAAAAACCAAAAGCUGCAGAUGUACAAGAGAAAGAUGACAUCGAAGGGCGUGAUGAUGAAGAUAAAAAUGACGAUUUCUCCGAGGAAUCCCAGUCCAACUUAGCAGAUGAGAAUGAGCACAAAGGGGAAAUGCACUAGUUAGGGUUUCAGGGGGUUUUGUUAUGACCCUGUGAAUUCAGCUAGUAUGUCCUGUUCGGACUAGGGAUACAACAGCCGGUAUUAAGUUUGAUGUGAUCAUAAACCACUAGCUCUAAAUAGUGUAGUGCCUUGGGAAAGAACAUACUAGUAAAACAAGCUGUACACGGCGUUCGAGGUUAUCUUCUCUGUAAUUAUAUGCUGCCUCGUUUUACCUUGAAAAUUACAGUAGCAACUGGCAAGGUAGACUAUACGCAAUCCGUGAAAGAUCACUUGAAUAAAUUCAUUGUUAGCA